CGAGCUAAUUACCUUGCGAGGUAUUUUGAUAAAUCUACAUAAAACGUUCGUAUAAGUAAAAUAAAACUCAACAAUGCCUUUUGUGGCUAAACGAUGCGGUGUUCAAUUCAGCCCACCAUCAAUCGUUUUAAUUUAUGAAAGUAAUGUUGAUGAUACAAACAAGAUCCGCAAAAGAAUCAUACCUGUGAGGAACUUCUCGAACUGUUCAGACUGCUGCAUGGCUGCGGAGAGAAUGAAGCACCAUAUUCGGCAUAGGGCAUACCUGGAGAGUGUUUCAUUGGGGCAACUGGAGAGGCUUCAUAUAGUGCUGCGGGAUCACAUGCAGGGCCACAGCCUGGAGCACACUCUAGCCUCCCUCCGCCUGGACCCCGAGGAGGACCUCAACAAGCUGGAUGAUGAGGAGCUUGCGCGCAAGAAGGUCCAAAUGGACAAACUCUUUGAGCGCAACCGAAGGCGGAAAGAUGACCCUGACUUUGUCUAUGACCUGGAGGUGGAAUUUAAAGGGGAGGUUGCUCGGGAAGCAUGCAGCUGGGAUGAAGAAGAGUCUGAUGAUGGGUUUUAAAAGAACACAGAUCAGACUGGGAGUGUUUCAGUUUGUCAACAAAGCACCCUACCUGAUCUUUAGUGACCGAAUAAUACUCAUUCCUUUGCACAGGGCAGUUGUUAUUCUGGCCCUUUGCUCAAUUAAGAUACACAUUUAAACUAAUAUCCUUACAGAUGCUAUUGAAAUAUUGAGUAGUUGUACAUGUUUAUUGAUAUGAAACUUACAUUUACAAAAUACAAAUACUUUGUCUCCUUGACCCUCUGUUUCAACAGCAUUAUACUUGUACAAGAUUGAUAUAUUCACAGUUAACUAAAGACAAGUUCAUGCUAAACCCCUAAGAAUCCCGAACAAUUAUCUAAAGUAACAAUCUUUGGAAAGUAAUAUUCUUGUCACAUGUCGUUGUCAACAUUGUAGCCUAUAUCAAGUACAAUAGUAUUGUGUAAGGUUUGAAUAAAAAGUAGCACAUACAACUAUCAAA